AUAUGUGAAGUAUAUGGGCACUGAGAGAGAAAAAAACAAGAAUAUUGUACACGAUUAUAUGUUGUCUUUGUUAAGUACAUUUAACUGCACCACAGAUCGCACGGCUACCCCGUCUAAGGCAAAAUGAUGGUGAGGACGGCUUCCCUACUACUGUGUUUGUUGCUGCUGGGGCUGGCCCUGGGAAGGAGAGAAAACAAGAGAGAGGGUGAAGGUGAAGGGCAGGGAAGAAAGAAGGAAGAAGGAGGAAAUGGAGCAUCUGCCACGCCGGCAUUGGCCAAGACCAGAGCCGAGACCGAGUCGGAGAGCAGCAAAGGCCAGAAGAAGAAAGAAGGGACAAGUGGCAAAGUGGAAAACGCCAAGAGAAAAGGGAGCGACAAGGUGGUAAAGAGAGUGGCCGUGGGCGACACAACAGCCAAGCGAGCGCGGGGUGGCACCGCAUCCAAAAGAGUAGAGACUGGCACGGUGGCAAAGAGAGUAGAGAGUGCUGUGGUACCCAAGAGAGUGGGCAAUGCCACCAUCUCCAGGAGCCAAAAGAAGUCAUCGGGUCCUCGAGGCGACGCGGGCUGCGUGGCGGCGGGUGGCAUAUGCCAACGCAGCAGUUACGUGUGCCAGGGGCGUUACCUGCAGGACAGGUGCGCCGGAUCACCUGGGAGGCAGUGCUGCAUGCCAGUGGGAGCGUGGGAUGUGUUGUGUGCAGGUCAUCACCAUAACAGGGUCAGGGCGUGUGACUUUUUUGGAUGUGGCAGCUACAACUCCGCCAGUAAUGGUGUGGUCCAUAAGGCGGUGGAUAUUGUGUGUGAUGACUACGGCAGCAUUAACGCCCCCUUCAGCGGAACUCUGGGCGGUCCGGUGGGGCGACGUGGAGAAGACGGCAUCCAGUUCGACGGAGUUAAACUGUCCAAUCAUGCCUACUGUAUAAAGAUCUUCAACAUCCGUCCUCUGCGCUACUCGGGCCCCGUAACCCAGGGCGACACGCUAGGUUACCAGCUGCCCCUGCAGGACAGCCAAUCAGGAAUCACCUCUCACCUGGAGCUGCAGAUGUGUGACCAGUCCGACCCCACGCCCUUCAUCUAACACACACACACACACACACACACACACACACACAC